AUGCAAGAUUGUCAUAAAUCAUAAAAGAUAACAAUAUGUAUGGUAGGAUUACCAGCAAGAGGGAAGACAUAUAUUUCUAGGAAACUUCAUAGAUAUUUGAAUUGGUUGGGUUAUAAUUGCAAAGUUUUCAAUAUUGGAAAUUAUAGAAGAGAGAUUUGUGGGACAGAAUGUGAUAAAAGCUUCUUUGAUUCAAAAAAUGAAAAAGUAUAUUAAGAAUAUAAUUAGGCAACAAAAGCAAGAAAUGAAUGUGCUCAGAUGGCAUUAAAUGAUUUGAUUGGUUUUUUAAAUAGUGAUGGAGAAAUUGCUAUUUUUGAUGGGACUAAUACAACUAAAGAGAGGAGAAAAAUGGUUUAAUCUUCAUUAUUAUAAUAAUGUUAAAAUGUUUAAACUCUUUGGAUAGAAUCAAUUUGUGAUGACGCAGAAGUCAUUCAAAAUAAUAUUAGAUUAACAAAACUUAAUAAUCCAGAUUAUGUUACAAUGAAUCCUGAAGAUGCAACUAAGGAUUUUUUAGGAAGAAUUAAAAUGUAUGAAGAAGUAUAUCAAAAGAUAGAACUUGAUGAAAAUUUAUCAUUUAUUAAAUUAAUAAAUAUUGGUGAAGAUGUAUCAUAUUGACUGAUAAUUAAAAGAUUUAAAUUCAUAAAGUGAAAGGAUAUUUACUAUCAAAGAUUAUAUCAUACUUGAUGAAUCUCCAUAUAUAUCCAAGACCUAUUUACUUAACUAGACAUGGAGGUAGUUCAUUUAAUUAAGAAAACAGAGUUGGAGGAGAUUGUGAUUUAUCUUAAUAAGGAAUACAAUAUUCAGAAAAAUUAGGUCAUUUUUUACUUGAAGAAUUUCCUACAUAAGAAUAAAGGAAUUAAAUUCAUUGCUUAACUUCUACUAUGAAAAGAGCUACACAUACAACUGAAAUUGUUUGUAACAUUCUAAAAAUUAACUAUUUAUAAUUAAAGACAUUAGAUGAAAUUAAUGUUGGAAUUUGUGAUAGUUUAACUUAUACUUAAAUUGCAAUUCAAUUUCCUGAAGAUUUUUCCGUAUCUUUUUUAUUCUACUUAAUUAGGAAAGAAAAGUUAAUAAAUUAACUUAUAGAUAUCCAAGAGGAGAAUCCUAUUUAGAUUUGAUAAGUAGAAUUGAACCCAUUAUUUAUGAGAUUGAAAGAUCUAGAGAACCUGUAUUAGUUAUUGGACAUCAAGCUAUUUUAAGAUGUCUUUAUGCUUAUUUCCAUAGAAAUGAAAUAUCAGAAGUACCUUAAUUAGAAAUUCCUAUUCAUGUAGUCAUAAAGUUAACUCCAGCAGCUUAUUAUUGUGAAGAAAUUAGAAUUAAAAUUGACCCAGAGACUGGAGAAAGAAAAUUAAUAGAAGAAGAUCUUCAAAUUACAAGAAUUAAUAUUUUAACUAAAAAAAAGAGCUACAUCUUAUUAUGAUCAUAUAAUUUAUUUUAUUGUAACACUCU